AUGGCGGAUUGGGAUGCGCUUCUAUCGGGAGGAGAAGAUGGCGGUGGUUUUACCCAGAAUCCCUAUCGCCAGGAACCGCUCGAUCUCAACCUCAGGAAACUUGAUAUUCCAGUCCCACGCCGCCGACUACGCAAAAGAUUACUUCAGGACACAGAUCAAGGUGGUAGCUACCUUCAGGCAUUUAUAAGGACAGAACUAAAGCCUUUUUAUAAGCCAAACCAUAUCGAAUUUGGUCAGGAACACCAGGAGAAGACUAUCGACAACUUCUGGCAAUAUCUUGUCUUUACAGACGAAUUCCACUUCGACACACCUCGCAGGCUAAGCCUCGAGUUUUAUGAGAACAAAUUGGGGACAUAG